AUGGAGUCUCGUAAUACUUAUCAAAAUACGAAUGACCCCUAUCGUCAACAUGAAGAUCAGGACCAAACAGAACUUUAUGAAUAUGACAAUGAAAAACGUUCAAGUGCUACACGCCUACGUAGUUUAUUUGGUCCGAAUCUAUUACAAAACCCACCUAAAAUAUUGCGUGAUGCACCGAAUCUAUUGAAUUCAUUACCUGCAAGUGUUGAUCGAACAUUACUGUAUGCAAAACUUUUUUAUUUUUGGUAUUUUGCUGCAUUCGGAUCACUUUUCCCUUUAUUAUCGAUUUAUUUUAAACAAAUGGGAAUGGGUCCAUCAUAUUGUGGUAUUCUCAUGGGAUUUCGGCCAUUUGUGGAAUUCGUUUCGGCACCAUUUUGGAGCGUUGUUUCAACACGAUUUCGACAAGCUAAGAAUAUUUUGUUAAUGGCACUUUUAUCUUGGAUUGUUUUUACUCUUGCUAUCGGCCUUAUUAAUCCGCCUCCACAUUCAUGUUGGCGAGAAAUGAAUGCUACACAUCAGUCUAUUGAACGCGUAGGUCAUAGAACUAGCAGAGUAAAUCCAAAUCCAAAAACUCAUACGAAACGUUCAAUAGUAACAUUACCAAUAGUUUCAUCGAAAAAUUCAAAACUAACAACAGAUAUAAUUGAUCAAGGAAAAACAUAUAUUUCAAAUCAAACAAAUUUAUUAAAAAAAAAUUUUUCAACUUCAACUGUAACUCGAAGUAUUACAACAACUCUUUCAAUAGCGACAACAAGAAGAGCAAAAGCUAUUAAAUCAACAACAGCAAAAACAAUAAAAACAACUCAAUUAUCUAAUAAAAAUAAUGGUGACGAUGAGGAUGAGGAUGACAGUGAGGACGAUGAUGUUGAAGAUAAUCAAGAAGAUAAUGCUAUAAUUGAAAAUCGAAAAACAACGACGCAAUCUAAUAGAAAACAAUCUGAUACAAAUAAUGUUUUACACAUAAAUACACUAAAGAAAACAAUUGGAAAUCCAAUAUCAAUAACAGUUACAAAUAUUUCUCUUGUGAAGCCACUUGCUUCAUCUGUAUUAUAUGAACAAAAAGACGUGCGAAAUGUAUUUAUGGUUUUCUUGCUUCUCAUUAUAAUUGGAGAAUUUUUUAGUGCACCAGCCAUUACAUUAGCUGAUGCUUACACAUUAACAUGUUUAGCUCAAGAUACUGAGCAAUAUGGUCGACAACGAAUGUACGGAAGUUUAGGUUGGGGUUUGGCCAUAUUUAUUGUUGCUACAAUACUUGAUCAAUCAAAAUCUCUUACGUUUUAUGCGUGUGGAACAAGUGGCCCAUUAGAAAAAAAUUAUACUGUUUGCUUUGCAGCCUUUACUGUUUGUAUGAUAUUUGCCUUUAUAACUGCUACACGUUUUCAAUAUUCCUAUGAUACAAAUGAACAAGUGCCAUUGAAUAUAUUAAAUAAAGAUUUAAAAAGAGCAGCAUAUCCACCAAUAAAACCAAAUAGCAAUGAACGUACCAUACAUAGUAUUAUCAAUGAUGAACAACAAAUACAAAUUAAUGUCAACGAAACACUAUAUACAAUACCAGAUUCUGUUAAAUUAAUGCAAAUUAUACGAUUAUUUAUGGCAUUAAAAAAUGGAACAUUUCUUUUUAUUACAUGGUGGAUGGGCUGUGGUGUUGGUCUUGUAUUCACUUUUCUCUUCUGGCAUUUACAAGAUCUUGGUGGAUCACCAACACUUUUCGGCGUGGCUUCAGUUAUUAAUCAUAUAAGUGAAUUAUUUGCUUAUUUUUUCUUAUAUGAACUCAUUCAUCGUUUUGGUCAUAUUAAAAUUCUCUAUAUGGGUUUAUUAGGAAAUUUUAUUCGUUUUGUUUAUAUAUCAAUGAUAACAAAUCCAUGGUGGGUGCUACCAUUUGAAUUUAUUCAAGGAUUAACUCAUGCCGCUGUCUGGGCAACAGCUUGUUCAUAUUUGUCUCAAGCAGCACCAGAAGGUUUACGUAUAUCUUGCCAAGGUGUUUUACAAGGUUUUCAUUUUGGUUUUGGUAGAGGGUGUGGAGCUUUAUUUGGUGGAUUUUUCGCUUCCUAUUUUGGCACUGAUAUUACAUUCCGUGCAUAUGGCAUUAUAUGUUUAAUAUUAAUGAUUGUAUUUAUAUAUAUGAAUAAUCGUUAUCAACAACAAACCGAAACUGGCUAUGGACCAAAUUUAAAUGUUGAUGAUCCACAUCAAUUUAUGGGCAAUUCACCUCGUCUUGCUCCAUAUGGUGCGCCAGCAAAUCCUAAAUGGCAAACAAAAUUUUCUUCAGGUUUGACAGUUGGUAUUAAACAAGAUCAACUGCCUUCAACUCCGAUAAUGCCAUUUGAUACUCAAAUAGCGGCAGCAUCUUAUUCCAGAGGUUACCACUAUGGAUAUUAA